CGCCGUCGCCAUGAGCUCGUUCCUGGGCCAGAUGUCGGAGUACCCGACCCUGGCCAUCGACCGCUUCGACCGGGAGAACCUGUCCGCCAGGGCCUACUUCCUCUCCCACUGCCACAAGGACCACAUGAAAGGUCUGAGAGCCCCUUCCUUGAAAAGGCGACUGGAGUGCAGUUUGAAGGUUUAUCUCUACUGCUCCCCCGUCACCAAAGAGCUGUUGCUAACUAGCCCGAGGUACCGUUUCUGGGAGCAUCGAAUUAUUUCCCUUGAAGUUGAAACACCUACUCAGAUUUCUUUAACUGAUGAAGCAACUGGUGAGAAGGACGAGAUUCUGGUGACUCUCCUACCAGCUGGUCACUGCCCGGGAUCUGUCAUGUUUUUGUUUCAAGGUAACGGUGGCACGGUGCUGUACACAGGGGACUUCAGACUGGCCAAAGGAGAAGCUGCCAGGAUGGAACUCUUGCACUCUGGGAGCAGAGUGAAAGACAUCCAGAGUGUGUAUUUAGACACCACUUUCUGUGACCCAAAGUAUUAUCAGAUUCCGAGUCGGGAGGAGUGUCUGCAUGGCAUAUCAGAGUUGGUACGAAGUUGGAUCACCCUGAGCCCCUACCAUGUGGUGUGGCUGAACUGCAAAGCAGCCUAUGGGUAUGAGUACUUAUUCACAAAUCUCAGCGAGGAAUUUGGAGCUCAGGUGCACGUGAACAAACUGGACAUGUUUAGAAACAUGCCUGAUAUCCUUCAUCACAUCACAACAGAUCGCGGCUCUCAGAUCCACGCUUGUCGGCAUCCAAGGGCUGAAGAAUUUUUUCGAUGGAACAGAUUGCCUUGUGGAAUGACUUCUAAAGACGGAACUCCCCUGCAGGUGAUCAGCAUUAAACCAUCCACCAUGUGGUUUGGCGAGAGGACCAGAAAAACAAAUGUGAUUGUGAGGACUGGAGAGAGUUCCUACAGGGCUUGCUUUUCGUUCCAUUCCUCCUACAGUGAGAUUUUGGAUUUCUUGAGUUAUAUCCGGCCCGUGAAUGCGCACCCCAAUGUCAUUCCCAUGGGAGCGACUAUGGAUAAAGUUGUCGAAAUUUUAAAGCCAUUGUGCCGGGCCUCUGGUAGACACGAUGAGCCGAAGUACAAACCUCUUGGAGUGCUGAAAAGAGCAAGAACCUGGGAUGACGAUUCAGAGGAGGAGCGAGAAGAUGACCUGUUUGACGACACACCGCUGAUGCCGUUGCGGCACAAGGUGGCCCUCCCUCAGCGAGCCCCGGCCCCCUCCCCGAAGGCCGCGCGGGGAAGCCAUCGCUGGAGUGAACGCGGCCGGAGUGGCAAGGCCAACUCCACACCAACCGCCCUCCCGGAGAACUGCAUGGACUGCGAGGAAUCCAACAGCGAAGAGGAUGAGGAGGAGGCCAGCGACCCCACCAUCCUCUCCGGGGACCGGGCGAAAGCCCCCGAUUCGGAACAGCCCUUGCCAGGAGAGAACGGAGGCGGCGAGCCGAUUCGGGCCCCGGAGCCGGUAGCGGACGGGCCCCAGUGGGGGGUCUUCUUUAAAAAAACAGCCGAAGCCACAGAUGAGGGCUCCGCCUCCUUCCCCGGCUCCAGCGAGGCAGGUGGUUCCCAGUCCCCCCGGCUCUUCAGUGAUUCAGAUGGGGAGUCCACCCACAUCUCUUCCCAGGACUCCUCUCAGUCCACCCACAUCUCCGAAAUGGGAAGCCAAGGCUGGGACAGCCAGUCAGACACCGUCCUGCUUUCGUCCCAAGAAAGACAGGCCGGCGGGGAGACUUCCUCCAUCCACAGAGGGGGCUGUAAAACAAGGACCCCGGAGCCCCCCGCCGCUCACCGCUCGGACCAACCCCAACCUUGUCUGAAAGGGAUUCCCGCCGAUUUGAAAAGCAGAGACCCAGGCAGGCCAUCUGCUAGAGGAGGCUGCGAGAAACACCCACCCGAAGAGAAAAGGAGCAGGAAUCCCAGCACUAACGCGGAUUCUCAGAGCUCCUCGGACUUUGACAUUCCCUCGACCCCCGACGCCGAGCUCCCCAAACCGGAACACUUACGACCUCUCUAUGAGAAGCUGGCCGAGGGGGAAGCUAUCGUGGUUGAGAGAAAGCCCCGGACGGCCAAUCUUUAAGCAGAUUUGAAUUACAUUUCUUUUCUUUUUCCAUUUUAAAAACCAAAAAAAACCAAGUUGACAUAAAAUUCAGGUUGAAAAGCCCAGUUUAAAGCUGUCCACAUUUCAGGACAAGUGAGCAAAAUGACCUGUUUGUAUUUAAGGGAACGUAAGGACGUGACCUGAUCGGCAGUGAAAACGUGGGACUGAGGAAGACUACUCUGGGAAAAUAACUGGAGAUCCACAGAAAAAGGCGGCCAGUUAGAAAAUCAGUAUCAAGUUGGUUUACCUUCGUGAAUCAAUCAAUGGUAUUUAUUGGGUGCAGAGGACUAUUAAAACACAUGGGAGAGUCUGAUAAAAUAGAGUUGGUAGACAAGAUCCUAAAUAAUGUCCUCAUUCAGCAUUUAAACCAUUUUGUACAAGAAUCUUUAAAUAUGAAGGUUGUUCAAUAGUAAACUGUUUUCAAUUUUGCAUAAAUCACCCUGCUUGGAAGUUUUUGAACACU